UAAUUAUCAUGGUUUACGUAGUAAAUGUAUACAAUGUAUAUACUAUCGAAAAAAAAUACUAAUAUAAUAAUAAACUUAUUUGUAUUUCAUCUUUUAUGUCUUUACAUUUUAUAUUUAUAUUUUUAACAGAUGAUAUAUAAUAAAUUUGUUUAUUUGUUAUUUUAAAAAAUGUAUUUAUUAUAAUUAUAAAAGAAUUAUUAAAAUUAACCUUAAAAUUAUUUUGCAUAUUUAUUAUAUAUCAUUAUACAAUGUGGCCUCAAGAAUAUAUAGCAUUAAAGGAUAUAGAAAAUUUAUUAAUUUGUGGAAUAUGCUAUGAAUUUAUGGAUACAUCUGUUAUGACAUCAUGUUCUCACAAUUAUUGUUCUCUAUGUAUUAGAAAAUAUUUACAUUAUAAAACACAAUGCCCUGCAUGUUUUGCAGAAACUUUUGAGAAAGAUUUGAGGAAAAAUAAAAUUUUAGAUGAAAUUAUAACACAAUUUUCACAAAUCAAAGAUAAGUUAAAAAGAGUUUUACAAAUUCAUAUUCAAUUUACAAAAUUUGAUGAAAACAAUCAGGUUUCUACUAUACCAAAAUUAUUGCAUGAAAAUAAUAAUAUAAAUGUAAAUGAACAAGAAAAUAAGAUUAUAUGUAAUCAGAUUAUUAAUAAUACUUCUGAAAAUAACAUAUCACCAUCUAUAAAUAUACAAAACAAUAUAUUUAGUCCUAGUACAAGUGGAAUAUCUAGAAUACCUUUAAUGUUUACACCUAAAAGCCAUAAACGUCCAGCAGUAACAAAUAUAGAAAAAACUAAGGUUGUUAUAUGUCCAGUAUGUAAAGUUACUAUUUCAGAAAUAAAAAUAAAUAGACAUCUUGAUGAUUGUCUAAAAAGAGAAUCAAUGAAAGAAAAACCUCAAAUAAAAGAAUCAAUACGUAAACCAUUACCAAAGUUAGUAUUUAAUUUAAUGAAAGAUGCUAUAUUAAGAAAAAAAUUAAAAGAAUUUGGUUUAUCAUUACAAGGAGAUCGAAAGACUAUGGAAAAUAGAUUACAAAGAUACAUUAUUCUUUAUAACGCAGAAUGUGAUAAAUCAAAUCCACGAUCAAUUUCAGAAUUAGUAAAACAAUGUGAAGAUGAAGAAAAUUUAGAAAGAAAAAUUAAUAAAACAUUUCUAAAUAAACUACAUUUUACUAGAAAUACAGAACAAAAUGUUAUAGAAAAUGAAAGAAAAAAAUAUUUGGAAACACACAAAGAUAGUUUUGAAAAUUUAAUCAAAAAUAUUAAAUACAUUGAUACUACAAAACGACAAUCAGUAAGACGUAGUUUAUUGAAGGAAAAUAUAGAAAAAGAGAUUAAUGAGGAUGUUCCAAAUAAAUGUCAAACAACGGAAAAUUUAGAUGAUUCAUUGAUUUAUACUGAACAAAAUGACUUUAAUUCUUUAAAAUCUAAUGUAUAUAUUGAGGAUUCUGAUUCAGAUUCUACUUGUCCAUUACAAAUGUAUUCUAGUACUGAGCCAAAUAAAUUUUUUAAUGUAGAAUCAUCUCCUUCCAAUACUGUUUUACAAAAUAAAUCUGAGACAAGUGAUCAGGAAAAUGUUGAUCAAGAACAAUCAAUGCUACAAUCUAAUCAUUCACCUAUAAAUAAAAUAGAAAAAAAUGCAUUUAAUGAUAUUUCUACUUAUGAUCCACUGACACAAUCAAUAAUGGUAAACACAUUUUGUGAAGAUGUAUCAAAUAAUUUUAAAGAUCUAUCUAAUACUUCCAAAUAUAAGAAGUUACGAAAAAACAAAGAAUCAUCUUCAAAAAAUGAAAUAAAACAGAUAAAUUCUGUUAGUUCGAACAUAAAAGAUCUUGAUUCUGAUAGAACUCUAGAUCAAGAAGAAAGACAAGAUAAGAAAUCAAAAUCUAUCUUGCAAGAUAUUGCAUGUGAUUUAUCAAGUAAUGAUAGCACUGACAGUAAAUUUAAUUAUGGAGAAUUACAUUCUAUUAAUUAUGGAUUUUUAAAUAAUAGUGUAAUCAAUUUUUCAAAUUUGGAAAAAGAAAAUGUAAGUUCUUCUCCUGAAUAUAAUAGAAUUCAAUCUUUUCAAAAGAAAACACGCGAUUUAAUGCAAACUGAUAAUAAAAUCAUACCAAAUAUAAAAAAAAAAAUUAAAAAAUCAUUUCAUAAUUAUUCUCCUGAGACUAAAGAAACAAAUAUCGAAGAAUCUUUAUGUACUUCUAAUGAUGAAACAAUUAAAUGUUUACGAAAUAAAUCACGAUUAAGAAAACGAGAACGAAAUAUUACAGAAGAUAUAUCUAUUUUAAGAAAAUCUACUAGAAGAAAAAUAAAAGAUAAUAAUUCAUAAAA